CGUGCGUCCGUGCAUGCGUGAGUGUGUGCGGGCGUGCGUGGCUCAUAUGACUAUCACGCUCGUGAGAAAACUUUACAGCACUUACAUAUAACUUAUUUUUCUAAUAAGACAUAAGACACCAAUCCUUUGUCCCUCAUCUGCCUUUCGACAAGGUAUCUGGUACAGUUUUUCUGUUGUUGGACAUCAAGCCCACUUCUCUGACCACCGAGUGAACAACAUGACCAUCAGCUGGACUACAAAAUAAUACAAACACCGGCAGCAUGGUCGACCGGACCCGUCUUUCCACAAGCAAAGAAUCCCAAUGGCUUCAAGUGAUUCUGCUUUUCUACCUCCUUGCGAUCGGCCAAAGCGGUCUGGUGGUGACAAAGCCCGGGAGCUCGGAUCAGGAGUGCGAGAGCGCCUGCCUCUCGACCACCGAGCUGGACUGCCACUUCUACAAGUUCAGCAAGUCCAAGAGCACGUGCUACCUCACGGUGUCGCCAGACCCCGCCCUGACCAACAUGAAGAAAGUGAACAAGCCAGCCCCGGCCCCUGACAAGAAGCCGGCAAGUUCCUGGUUAUCGGAACUACAGGCGCGAAUAUUGGCCCUGGAACAGAAAGAUAAUGAUGUGAAGAAGCUUCAUCGAGACAUCACGGAACUUAAGACGGAGCUGGCAUCGGUGAAGAACUCUCGCGCUCUGACUCACCACCUUCUGAGAACAUCCAAGGAACAGCAGAACCAGAAUCUCGCCGAUGCUGGGUCCGGAGCUGAAAGAAAUCCGGGGCUCUCAAACCAACCUGGCUCAGGCCCUGUCCCUGCUGACCAAGAAGAUGAUGCUGCUCAGCCCACGUUUGCCCUUUAUACAAACGGAACCCCACCUGGUAACACAGUUAGCGCACAAACAAAACCAAACUCUCCUGCGAAUGGGGCAAAUGAUGAAACUACAAGCUGCAUUACAGAUCCGCCCUUGCACACACACAACUGGAGCUGUCUGCCCAGAAACGUGCCCAGGAGCGGGCGGCCGACACGACACACGCGCUCCACGACCAACUCAGAACCCUGCGCCGACAGUUAGCCACGGUCACAGGGCACUCUGAU